UGAUGUCCGUCAGAAAUUGGCACAUUUAUCAUUCUUCACUGCCAGCCUGGGGCAAUGGCCAUUAUUACACCGAUAAUUAUAUCAUUUCAGCAUUGGCAGCUUCAGGGAAUCACCGGGCGUCCACAAUUACACAUCAAUCACUGAGCCAUUUUACAGAUGGGAAUCUUGUCGGGGGAGGGAUUGUAUCCAAAAGGCUCGGGGGUUUGUGUGCGUAUAUGUGUAUUCAUGUGUCUUCGUUUCGCCCAGUGGUGAUGGACAGACAUCAUUGGGAGAGUUGAGUUAGCAGGCAUCAAGUACAACGCCAACAGGAAUACAGGGCUCUGGUAGCAGUAGUUACAUCAGCUCUGGCUGACGAUGCCUGACCAAUGCACUGUGCACAUGGAGUGUGAAGAGUUUCUUAACGGGAAGUGAAGGUAAUGGUUGAACACGAGUAGGCCUGUGAUUGCAUCCCAUCAACCCCUUUGAGUGACUAGCCAGUCCGUACUAAAGCCUCUCGUGGCACGUCGUCGCGUUGCACCGACUGACGGGACUCAGAUCGCCCGACGAGGGAGGUUUUGUCACCUUGACGUGCGCAGCCUGCCAAAUUGACAGCGUGGCGAAGGACACGGAGGCUAGCCAGAAAUAACAAUUAAUUUGGCCGGGUGGAGUGUGUGUUGUCCCUCUGAAUGAGUGCGUGCUUCAACCACCCGCUGCUCCUGCAGGGACUGUCGAGGAUCUGGUUUGGACUGAAUCGUGAAAUGAUGCGGUCACAUGUGGAUGACAGUACUAUAAACCUAGAAGCCAAAGAUAUGGACCUGUCCAAAACCAAAGUGACCAAUGCAUCCACAGUGGCCAGACCACCUGGCCUCCUGGAUGACUUCCGGAAGUGCAUCGCUGGCUAUGAUGACACUGAUGUGCUGAAGGAGGAGAGUGUCCCCUUUGGUCUGCUUGAGGCCAAGUAUCCGAGGGGAACGGGACAAGAUGUGGGACCGGCCACGCGGAAGCGUAAACACGAGAAGGAGGAAGGCUUCCGGGAAGUGACACGCUACAACAUCUUAGAUGGUACCAUCUCGCACCACACGGAGCUGAGCGGCCUGAAAGCGGCCUUGCUGCGGCAAGAUGCGCAGGCCACGCCCUCGGAUAGCAAUGUCCUCAGAGCGCUCCUCCAGCAGUCUGGCUCCUUGGUCAGGCCUCGAACUCCUGAUGUCGACAGCGUCUCAGCGGGGAGCCCCAGCCAGGACCCGGAGUCCCCUGAGAAGUUCUACCCGUGCAAAGUGUGCAAGAAGAACUACGUCAGCAAGUCGAGUUUGCGGAAGCACUUUUGCAUGCCGGGCGUGGGGCCCAGCAAUGCCCCCGGCGUGCCUUCUCAGCAGCUCAACGAGGAUGAGAUGAGUCCCAGCACAGCGAUACAUGCCAAGGACGAACAGUAUAUGAUGAAUGGCUCUGUGGGAUCACCAGCGCUCCUCACACCAGUUCCAUCACCCUACGACGAUGCAGAUAAAGGAGAUGAUAUGGCCGAAGAUGGUUCCCUGACUCCUGGGGAGUUAGCCAUUGAUACUGAAUAUGGGAAGAGAAUCGAGGAAGAUGCCAUGGGACCCAUCUACUCAUGUCCCUUGUGUAGUAUGACAUUUAGGCAUACCAGUCAGUUAAUGCGUCAUCGUCGCACUCACACCAACGAACGUCCCUUUGAGUGUGUAGACUGCCAUCAAGCCUUCCGACGUAAGUGCCAUCUCAAACGCCACUGGCAGCGCAUCCACAGUGGUGAGAAGCCCUUCAAGUGCGCCAUCUGCGGCAAAGCAUUCAGCGACCGGGACCACCAGCGCCAGCACGAGACCAUCCAUGGCCCCGAGACCUACCCAUGUUUCCACUGUCGCUGCGUCUUUCCCUCUGAGACGUACCUCAUCCAGCACCUGUCUGAGAACCCCGACUGCAAAGCGGCAUUCGCCCGGGACGGCGAGGCCCCGCCCAAGCGCACAAGGGGCAAGCACAAGGGCAUGAUGACGUCUUACAAGUGUGGCCUAUGCUUUGAGCAGUUCAAGAAGCUGCGGCAGAUCCAGACACACCAGCGGGUGCGCCACCACGACGUCUUCGAGAAGAAGUACAAGUGCAACCUCUGCGGGAAGGGGUUUGACCUCAUCUCGGACUUGACACACCACCGGAACAAUCAUGCAGUCCGGAGCAAGCUGGACGUGGACAAGAACGGAGACACUGGCUACCGCCCGCAGCCGCAUCACCAUCACCACCACCAUCAUCACCAGCCCUCCUCAGCUGCAACAACGUCCAAAGCUGUGCAGAACAAGGCCGAGCUCCUGCAGAUGUUGCAGCAGCUGGAGAGACGCAUCCAGCAGCAGCAACAGCAGGUCAAGAAGAUCGAGAGCCAACAGGAAGAGAUUGAGAACGAGGAUAGUGACGGAGAACAGGCCAAUGCUGAGCCUCAAAACCCUCACAGCCAAAUCCGCUACAUCUUGGAAACAUCCCGCUUGGGUGAGGGCCAGUAUGGCCGCAUCGACGGCGAGGGUGCCGUUUACCAAAAUGGUCAUAGCGAGGCCCGGGCCACCGCCCCAGUCUCCCCGAGGUCGGAGGCGGGAGCCAUGGAUCUCUCUCUCAGUCGAAAUGCCUUAGAAGGAGGGGAGGACCACCACAGUCCGCACGGCAGAGCCUCCACUUCCGCCGCAGACAGUAUCCCCAAGCCUUCCUCCACCCUGCUGGACCUCAUGACCAACAACCGCCACAAGUGCGAACAGUGCGGCAUCUCCUUCCUCCUGUACUCGGAGUUCCGGGCUCACCGGAAGCGGCACGAGAGAGCCCGGGUGGCCAUAAAGCAGGAGCCCAUGGAGACAUCCGAGUACCUGGACAGCAACCCGGACGCCGACAAGAGCUUGUGCCGAGACUGCUGCAAUCAGAACGACCCCACCAGCUCUUCCCUGUCUACCAGCACGAGCCCUCCCCAUUCUCACAUCAGUAAUUCUGCAAGGUGCUUCCAUCACCAACAACGUAACACAGUAGCCAAGACUCAGGAGGCCAAUGGUCAAGAACUACACUACCCCCGCACCAGAAGCAGAUCAAGGUCAUGUGACAUGAUGCCCUUGUCAGAUCAAAGCCGCGAUCAAGAAAAUAAGGCCCGAGCCGCCCAGUCGCCGAGCCACGACCGAGUGCUAUCCUGUGAACAGUGUCUGCUCCUCAAGAAACAGCUCGUCAAGGAACGGAACGACAAGAAGGCCAUGCGGAUAGAGAUCGAGCGGCUUCGUGAGGCAUUGGUGAGUUUUGCCGAGGCCGCAGCCAAUCAUGCAUCGCCGCUGCGAAGCAGUAGCGAGCUGAUGGCGCUUUUCAGUAAACACAUUGAGAGAAACAUGGACGAGAGGGAAAUUGUGUAAGAAGAAUGAGGCUUCCAUGGACACCCUCCCUCCCUUAAAAAGACAAGAAACGAUUCCAAAACAGCGUUACAGUUGAUUUACAAGAGGAAAGCAAUUUUUUUAGGAAACCCUUGCUGUGCUCUGAUCACGGUUUUUGGAUAGCAGCAAAUAAAUUUUGCUGUAGUAGUGGGUAUUGCAAUGUAGCAUUUUUAGGAAGUUAAAAGGAACAAACUGGAGUAUUUUGCAAGAAAUAAGUAACGAGGUACUCUGUAUUAAUGUGGGCCGCCAGCAACCCAUGCCAUGAUUUGUACUAUACUUGUUUUGAAAAUACAUGUACCAGUAAUUGUUGGAAAUCUGUGGUUGCUAAGGAUGGUCGCCAUUGUGAGCAUGGCAUGAUGGGAUAGGUGCAAGAUUAUUUCUUGUCAAAUACACUUUUAUAUAUAUUGCCUAAACAACAAGUUUAUAUCAAGAAAGUAUACUAUAGAAAGUAGGUAUAAAGCCGUACAAUUUUUUUAAAUAAGAAAAAUUCCAUAAUGGAUUUUUUUCCAUUAUUUAGUACUGAUAUAAAAAAGUUGAAAGAAAUAUUUUUGAAAUACAAAGAAUUUUUUAAAAAGUAUUAAACUAUAAAUAUGUUGCAUUUAGUUAGCAAGUACACAACUAACAUGCAUUCUUUAGUACAAAAAAAUGCAAGUUUUUGUAAGAGUCUCUUUUUAUGUUAGUGAAGUAGUGAAUGCAGAUAAUAUUGUACCAAAGAAGUUCAAAAUACAUUACUCAAAAUAGUUAAGGACCGCUUUUUAUUUUGCCACUUGACUUUUCCCUAAAACUGUCCAUUUUGAUAAAUGUGCAUUCGAUGUUUUGAAACAUUUCUUAAAUUUUUUACUCCAAUGAGACCACCAUCUAGACAAACACAAGAGUGAAUGAACUAGACUCCACUCAUUGCUUGGAAAAAAAAUUACAAGUUAAGAAAAAAGGGGUCCUCAACUUUUUUGGAGUUGUAUGCUGUCAGAUUUGUGCUUAUGUACCAGAGUGUUUAGAGGUGUCAUUUAGCUUGACUAGAGGUCAAAACUUUGUCCUUCGGUUCACCUUUAAUACAUGCGAGUCACUGAUUAACCACUUGCUGCCGGGGUGGUUUGAAAAAUGUAGUGCGCACAAACGGGACAUUUUCAAGAUUUUCAGUG